CUUUCUCGCACUACAGAAAGCGAACGUGACCAGCCAACAGCAGCAAAAAAUGUCGGAUGUUUUCGCUGCUGAAAUAAAUAGUCUGCGUUGAUUCGUAAUACGGCGAAGAUUUUGACCCUACGCCUGCGCGAAUUACGCUAAGCCUUUGUCGCCACAACUCAAUCUCUUCAAUUGCGUACCUUAACACCGGACAAAAAUGCCAAAACGAAAGAAAGUUUCUCUUCCCGAAGAUGGGGCUGAUGAAAUCCACAGAAAGCGAAGACGAGGCAAUGCUGACCUGGGAGACAUCUUCCAGACACUGUACAGUGCAAUGCAAACAUGCAAGAGUGAAGACGGACGAGUUCUUUGCGAGACAUUCAUACGAGCUCCAAAGAAGAGGGUUCAAGCAGACUACUAUGAUGUUGUGGCAACUCCGAUGGACCUUCUGACAAUCCAUCAAAAGAUCAAGUCAAGCGAGUACACAGAGCUUGAUCAGCUUACUGCUGAUGUUGAACUGAUGGUCAACAACACAAAGGCAUAUUACAAGGAGGGCAGUCAAGAAUUCAAGGAUGCUGAAGAAAUGUGGGAAGCAUACCAGACUGCCAAAACAAACUUGUUGUCCACAAGGGCUAAAGAAGAGGAGAUGGAAUCUAUGGAACUGGACGGUGGUUCUCUGACAGGGGCUGUUUCAGAUUCCACAGAUGAGGACCACUACGAAGAGUUGUUCACGUCCGUGAUGACUGCAGCUGAUGCCGAGGGGCGCUGCAUCAGUUCCAUGUUUCAGCUCCUACCUUCCCGAACGCUGUAUCCAGAAUACUACAAGAUCAUAACAGAGCCCAUUGACCUCAAGCUGAUUGCGACCAAGAUCCAAGACAGUGCCUACACAAACCUCGGAGAACUAGAGAAAGACCUUAUGCUGCUCAUACGGAAUGCAAAAACCUUUAAUGAGCCAGGUUCACAGAUAUAUAAGGAUGCAACGCAGCUGAAGAAGGCAGUUCGCAUCAAGAAAGCAGAGAUAGAUCAGCGAAGGAAUGCACCCGGCAAAUGCAGCGAGCGAAUACGCUCAAAACGCAUCAUGGCAAGCCAGAAGCUGUCGGCCAUUACGGCUGCCCUCAAAUACGAGGACAACGAGCCCCCCAUCACUGUUGCAGCAACUCGUGUUUCCUUGCCCGAAGGGACAGCCGUUUCGGCUGCUGAUGAGAGCGACGACGACUCGGGUGCUCCUGAAGACGUGGACAACAGCCCAAUGUGGCAGCUACUUGAGACCGUUCGCACUUAUCAGAGUCAGGGAUACUUCCUUGCAGAACCGUUUACAAAGUUGCCAUCUAAAAGGCUGUAUCCAGACUACUACAGAGAAAUCAGGCAACCAAUCUCCUUGAAUAAAAUAGCAGCUAAAAUUAAGGAUGAAGUCUAUAGCUGCACCAUGGACACUGUGGAUGACUUGAACCUACUGUUUGAGAAUGCAAAACGCUACAACCGUCCAGACUCUAAAAUAUUUAAGGAUGCAGUCAAGUUACAGAAAGUUAUGCAGGCUAAAGCACGGGAGCUCCUAAAUUGCAACAUCAAGAUUCCAGAAUCGGACAGUGAAGGCGAAGUGGAAGAAAAAGUGAAACGAAAGAGCAAGAAAGUUGUCACUCCAGUGAGUGCUCGACGGGGUCCAAAGCCCCAGGAGGAUUUGGUUCUGAAGAAAAGGCUCAAGGCACUCAUCAGGUCACUCGUCAAUUAUGCUGAUGAUUCUGGCCGUCCCCUGAUCUCCAUCUUCAUGGAGAGACCUUCUAAACGGGAUUAUCCGGACUACUACGAAGUGAUAAGUAACCCCAUUGAUAUGCGGACCAUAGAAGAGAAUGCGAAGAGCAACAAGUAUAUGACGGAGGAAGCCAUGAUUUCCGACCUGAGGCUUAUGUUCAACAAUUGCCGACUCUACAACGAGGAAGGUUCUCAGAUUUAUCAAGAUGCAGACACUCUUGAGCGUGUUCUGAAUGAGAAAAUUAAGGAACUGGGUCCCCCUGGUGACUCUCGGACACCUCGGACAAUGCCUCGAAGGAACAAAGGGCGGAACUACAAGCUACGUGUGCUGUAUGAUACCAUCAAGGAGUACACAGAUGCCAAAGGGAGGCGCCUCUCCACAAUUUUUAUGAAGCUGCCUUCCAGAGCGGAAUAUCCUGACUACUACGAGGUGAUCAAAAAGCCAAUUGACCUGGAGCGCAUUGCAACACGUCUGCUGAAGCACAACCAGUACGAGAGCCUGGAUGACCUGCUGGCGGACUUCAACCUUCUCUUUGACAACGCCUGCAAGUACAACGAACCGGACUCUCAAAUCUAUAAGGAUGCGUUGACGCUACAGCGGAUCGUGCUGCAGACCAAACUCGAACUGAGCAGCGAGGAAAUGGAAGACGGCGGAGUCCCCGAUGUACGCACUCUAGUACAGGAGAUGCUCACUAAUCUGUUCAUUUCUGUGUACAACCACCAAGACGACGAGGGCCGCUGCUAUAGUGAUUCUAUCGUGGAACUCUCUGAAACUGCUAGUGAUGGGGCUGGUGCACCUGAAGAAAGGAAGCUGUUAACGUUGGACAUCAUCAAACGGAGAUUAGACAGGGGAUGUUACGUCAGGUUGGACCGUUUCCAAGAGGAUAUGUUUGAGGUGUUUGAACGAGCACGACGAGUCUCCCGCACAGACUCUCAGGCUUUUGAAGAUUCAGUCGAGCUUCAGUCGUACUUCAUUAAACUCCGAGAUGAGCUUUGUGGAAUGGGAGAUGUUCUGCAAUCGCCAGCACUCAACUACGCAUCUCAGGACUUGGCUGAAAGUGUGGAGGCAAUGAAGGCGCAGAAACUGCCCCAGGAGCAGCAGGAGGCUGCUGCUGAGCAAACCACCCAGGAGGAACAAAAGGAGGUGCAACGUAACAAUGAAGCUUCCUCGUCUGAUAGCACGGAGCAUCGCGGUAUCGUGAUACACGUGGGUGACUUUGUGUACGUCGAACCCAGAGAGAAAGGCAUGGAGCCACAUAUAACAAGUGUAGACCGUCUGUGGCGCGACAAGAGUGGGGAACAGUGGCUCUAUGGCUGUUGGUUCUACAGGCCCAACGAGACUUUCCAUCUGGCGUCACGAAAGUUUCUCGAGAAGGAAUUGUUCAAAAGUGACAACUAUAAUUCUACGCCCGUAAAUCAAGUGUUGGGCAAGUGCUACGUGAUGCCUGUCAAGGACUAUUUCAAGAGUUACCCCAAAGGGUUUGACGACAAGGAUGUCUACGUGUGUGAAUCUCGUUACUCUGCAAAGGCAAAGGCCUUCAAGAAGAUUAAGAUCUGGAAUUUUGUAUUCAAUGAGCACACACAGCUGGUACCACGGGAAGAGCUCCUCUCAGCUGUAAGAGUACCCUCAGUGUUUAAAGAUGGUGUUGAUAAAUUGGGUGAAGAUGAAGAAGAACUCAAGCUUGUGGAAAAGCCCCGUGCGAAUGUUUCUCUCCCCCCUGCAAACGACGAUGAAAUUGCAGUCUAUUACGAGCAGCUGAACCUUCCUUCUGGUGUAUACAAGUUAGGUGACUGUUGCUACGUUAGAACGGAACACAGCAAGACGCUUAUUGGCCGCAUUGACAAGAUGUGGAUGGAUAAAGACGGGAACGGUUUCUAUCACGGGCCGUGGUUUGUCACUCCGAGUGAAAUUCAGCAUCAACCGUCGCGGACGUUUUACCGUCAAGAAGUCUUCUUGAGUUCGAUUGAGGAUACUAAUCCACUGCUCAGUAUCGUAGGGAGGUGCUCCGUCCUUGACUACAAAGACUACACCACAUGUCGCCUCACCGAAAUUAAUGAACAGGACAUCUACAUAUGCGAGUCACGCUACAUGGAGGCUGAACGUCAAAUUCGAAAGCUUCCUAAAGGCCUGAAAAAAUUUUUGCAUUCGGAUGCAGUAACAGCGGAUGAGGUAUAUUAUUUCAAGCAUUCCAUCACUCCACAAAAGAUUGAACCAACUCCAGAACCUGAAACAGUACCUACAACUGACGAAAUGUCCCCCAAUAUGUCACGAGUCACGUCGGAGACCGACAAUGAGGAAUCAAACGAUGUUCCCAGUUCGUCUCUCGGGCGUGACGAGAAUAGCAAUCUCUCUUCUGCCUCAGGUAAAAAGAAAAGCUCUAAGAGACUAGUCACUGGAUACCUGCUAUUUGCUGGUGAAAUUCGAAAAUCUAUUGUCGCUGCUAACCCAGACAAGUCAUUUGGAGACAUCAGCCGGCUAGUUGGAAAUGAGUGGCGGAACCUACAGCCGAGCCAGAAAGUUGACUUUGAGGAACGUGCUCAGCGUGUCAACGAAGAUGCAAACAGCAUGGACAGCUUGCCGCAAAGUCCAGCUUCGUCAGCAUGCGGAGAGGGAAGUCGUGACGGAGGGCCUCGAACACCAGGAGGUGGUGCCGACCUCCCCACACUUUCCACCACUGUAUACGAGUGCCUGUGGGACACUUGCGAGGCGCAGUACGAAACACAACAAGAACUUGUGGAUCAUUUAGCCCAGGAGCCUAAUGGACAUGUGUAUCAAUCAUAUCUUGGUUUCAAAGAUAACAACGAGUUCCAGUGCCUGUGGCCUAACUGUGCCAGAGUAAAGAAAAAUGUCCCGCCAUUCCCAAAUAUUCAAAAGCUACUGCGCCAUGUUCGUGAGGUGCACGUCAAAACAGCUGGAAAGAUCAUAAUGCCAGACGUGAAAGCCAGGUCCUUUACACCUUCGAAAAAAGGCGUUGCAUCUCCUGCUCCUGCAGCUAUGCCUCCAAGCACACCAGUGUCGCACCACCAUCUCCACCACCAGCAGCUGUCUGCUCCUUCCCCUAUGCACCUUGUCCCUCCCAUGCCCCAUCACCCCGGCAUAGGUGCUGCCACCCAUGGGACCCCAAAUUAUGGGACUCCUCCUCCUCCCCCUCCUCCUCAUUUUGUUCCUGGUGCCAACAGUCCUUACAUGUCAGCGCAACCGCAUUUGAGAGUGCAAGGGGCCAGCAUGGGCCAGCCCGGCGCUGCAGCUCCUGCCCCUCCAGAGCGUACCCUCGAGCCCAUCUUUGUGGCUCCCCCACCUCUGCCACACAAGCUACUUCAUACGUAUACAUACAUCAAGUACAUUGAGAGCCUCCAGUCAGACAGCAAGCACGUCAGCAACUGGGACACGCAGCUCAAGGCCACCAAAGACAACACCCCUGUGUAUGACGCCAGCCGCCUUCCCACACAUUGGCUGGGCAAUGGAGUUGGCGGUCAUGGGAACGCCGUCAAUGCUCUGUGGGCCCUGAGGGACUUUAUGCUCAGGGACGCGCUCAAUAUAUCUCGGAUAUCAUGAGGAACUUGAUUGUGAGGUGCUGUUUUAGUGUGGGUUGUGGCCAAACAGAUUUUAAAUGGUGUGCACAAAUAGCUGUGCUUUUUUAUUCUUCUAUCUUAAACGAAAUUUCUGAAAAGUAGCCGUUUCUGUCGAAGUGGCUCUUGAGACCUGCUGCAAUGUUCUGGUUUCCUUCUCACUGAAGAGGGAUGUUAUUUGUAAGAUUUAUCGUUCUUCUUGCGUGAAUCUGUAAGAAGCAAUCAUAAGGUGUGAGAUGUCAUCAUGUCUGAGUGGAACAUUUAUGUGUCGUGCAUGGUUCUUUCAUUUUAAAACCUGUGUAAUUGUGCUCAUAAUGUUCAUUUUUUCAGUAAAUAUGCUAUGUGCAGUA